ACCAAUCUCUCUCUGGUGACCAAAUCAUUAUCUCUAAUGGAGGUACCUUCACACUGGGCUUCUUUAAACCAGGUAAUACCUCAAAAUACUACAUAGGCAUGUGGUACAAUAAAAUAUCGCAGCGAACUAUAGUUUGGGUAGCAAAUAGAGAAACACCAGUUUCUGAUAGAUAUUCUUCAGAGUUAGCAAUUUCAAAUGGUAAUUUAGUUCUUUUAAAUGAGUCCAAAAUUCCAAUUUGGUCUACAAAUUUGAAAUCUAAUACUUCGAAGUCUUUAGAAGCCAUACUUCUUGAUGAUGGGAAUUUUAUUUUAAAUGGAUCUGUUUCGAAAGAGCCAUUAUGGCAAAGUUUUGAUCAUCCAGCUGACACAUGGCUUCCUGGUGCCAAAGUUGGAUUGAACAAAGUUACUAGAGAAAACACACGUUUAGUUUCAUGGAAGAGUAAAGAAGAUCCUGCACCAGGUCUGUUUUCUUUUGAGCUAGACCCAAAUGGAUCUAGUCAAUGUUAUGUUCUUUUGAAUAAUACCAAAGUUAUUUGGAGUAGUGGAACUUGGAAUGGGCAAACCUUUACCUUAAUUCCAAAAUUUAUGUUGAAUUAUAUUUACAAUUUCAGUUAUGUAAAUAAUGCAAAUGAGAACUAUUUUAAAUAUUCUUUGUACGGUAAUUAUGCUAUAUACCGAUUUGUGAUGGAUAUUCGAGGGCAGAUUCAACGGCAGUCUUGGUCUGAACCUUCUAAGCAAUGGCAAUUGUUUUGGGCUGAACCAAGAGUGCAAUGUGAGGAUUAUGCUUACUGUGGCGCGUUUGGUAGCUGCAAUAUUAAUUCGAAACGUCUCUGUCAUUGUUUGACUGGUUUUGAUCCUAAGUCAGGAGAUGAUUGGAAUUCAGAGUUUUAUUCUGGUGGGUGUGUUAGGAGGAUGAGUCUGCAGUGUGGGAAUUCUAGCCUGGUUAAUGGCAAGGGAGAUGGGUUUUUGGCUAGUUAUAAUAUGAUAUUGCCUGAAAAUUCAGAGACGGUGGCAGUUGGAAGUGGUGAAAAAUGUGAAUUGCGUUGCUCGAAUGACUGCCAUUGUACUGCUUAUGCUUAUGAAAACUACCAGUGUUUGAUUUGGAUUGGAGAUCUUUUAGAUGUAAAACAGGUUGCAGAUGGUGAUCCUAGUGGAAAAACACUCCAUGUUAGGCUUGCAGCUUCUGAGUUUUCAAGUUCUAAGAAUAACAAGGGAGUAAUUAUUGGGGCGGUUGUGGGCUUGGUAGCAGUUGUUGGUGUUGGCCUUGUUAUAUUUUUAAUUUUCAGAAGGAAGAGAAGACGCAAAUUGGGUAAAACCGUAACGGGUUCACUGAUUGCUUUUCGGUAUAGAGAGUUACAAAAUGCAACAAAGAAUUUCUCGGAGAAAUUAGGUAAAGGAGGUUUUGGUUCUGUUUACAAAGGGACAUUGCCAGAUUCAAGCGUCAUUGCUGUAAAGAAGCUUGAAAGCAUUAGUCAAGGUGAGAAGCAGUUUCGUGCAGAAGUCAACACAGUUGGGAGUAUCCAACAUGUCAAUCUAGUUGGCCUUCGUGGGUUUUGCUCUGAAGGAACUAAAAAACUGCUGGUUUAUGAUUAUAUGCCUAAUGGUUCACUUGACUUCCAUAUAUUCCGUGAAAAGACGUUGGGCUGGAAUAACAGAUACAGUGUUGCUUUAGAGACGGCAAGAGGAUUAGCUUAUCUUCAUGAUAAAUGCAGAGACUGCAUUAUACACUGCGAUAUAAAGGCAGAAAAUAUCCUUUUAGAUGCUGAAAUGCGCCCAAAAGUGGCAGAUUUUGGACUGGCAAAGCUUGUGGGGCGAGACUUUAGCAGAGUACUCACAUCAAUAAGAGGCACAAGAGGUUAUCUUGCACCAGAAUGGCUUUCAGGAGUGCCUAUAACGGCUAAGGUUGAUGUAUACAGUUUCGGAAUGAUGCUUUUCGAACUUGUAUCGGGGAGGAGAAACUCUCAGCGACCUGAAGACAGAGAAGUGAAGUUCUUCCCAACUUGGGUUGCUAGGCAAAUAACUGAAGGUGGUGAUAUCCUUAGACUAUUGGAUCCAAGAUUAGAUGGCAAUGCCGAUUUGGAUAAGCUAAUAAGAGUCUGCAAAGUUGCUUGCUGGUGUAUCCAAGAUGAUGAAACCCAAAGACCAUCAAUGGGACAAGUAGUUCAGAUUCUUGAGGGAGUCUUGAAUGUGAAUCUGCCUCCAAUUCCAAGAUCUCUCGCGGAGUUUUUUGAUGACUCCUGCACAGAAUCUUCUUCUAGCUUGAGUAUCCAGUCACAAUCACAAACACAAAGCCGCAACCCAAUGGCUUCCUCCCAGGCCACGAGCGGCAAAUCAUCAGUUCCAAGUCUUAGUGAUUCUACUUUCGCAUAGUAUAUAAAGAUAGAGCGUAAAGAAAUUGUAAUAGUCAGUUUUACUUUUCCUUUUCUGUUGACAUGGAUACUACUAGUCAGUUGUUGUUUCUUGGAUGAUAAAAUAGCUAUCUAUUUUAGGACUAUAACAUUUAUAAAAGUCAGCUGCAAAUUUUGAAUUUGGAACUCAA